UUUUUCUUGUUUGACUAAUGAAGAAGAAUCAUCUGAAUCUGAUGGCAGCUCUUUCUGAGAACCUGCUGACAGUCAACAUGUUACUGAGUGUCUUCUUUCCAGCUACUUUGGCUGAUUGUGGUGGUAUAAAACCAGCCCUCAGAAUCACUACACCAAAGAAGAUUGAAGCUCUGAGUGGAUCUUGUUUGGAAAUCCCAUGUAUCUAUGAUACAGAGGAUACCAGCUAUAACAGCAGCAGAACUAUCUAUGGAGUUUGGAUGAAAGGUGGUACCAAAUUUGUCUCUGAUCCAAAGAUAGUUAUUUUCAACAGCAGUGGGUCAGUUAACACCUAUUCACUGAAUAUUACUGGAAACCUGAGAGAGAAAAACUGCACCACUCUGUUUCCUGAUGUAAAGACCAGUUAUGCAGACAGAUACUUCUUCAGGAUUGAGAACGAGCCGUUCAAAUCAUCAGCUUGUGAUGAUCCUCUCAGUAUAACAGUUAAAGAUUCUCCUUGUAGUCCCAGCAUUAAUAUCCCUGUUGGUGAUCUGAAGGAGCAUCAGUCUGUCACUAUAAGCUGCUCAGCUGUGACUCCCUGUCCACACUCACCUCCUGAACUCACCUGGAAUCUCCAACAAGACUCUGAGAGACAAACAGAGAAAAACCCAGAUGGAACCUUUACAACUAAAAUCCAGGAGACCAUCACUCUGUCAGACACACAUGAUGGAUACAACAUCAGCUGUUCUGCCAGAUAUCCUGUGAAUGGAGGAAGCAAGACAGCAGAGACAGAAGUGACUCUCAGUGUUUCAUAUGCUCCUAAAGACACCUCAGCAUCCAUCAGUCCAUCAGGUUUGGUGUCAGCAGGUAGCUGGGUGGAGCUGAGCUGCUCCAGCAGAGCCAAGCCUCCUGCCAGCUUCACCUGGUUCAGGAACAGCAAACAUGGAGCCAUUAAUGUAUCUGUGGGGAAGGUUUACAGCUUCAAUGUUACUGAGGGAGGAGGGUAUUACUGUGAGGCUACAAAUGAUCUGGGGAAUCAGAGAUCAGCAGUGAUUCUACUUAAUACUGAAGUGCCAGGAGUCAGUCUCUGUGCUAUAUUGAAGAUCCUGGGGAUCAUAAUGCUCUGCAGUGCAGUCUGCAUCUUUCAGUGCUGGUUUAGAUUAUCCAACAAACAAGCGAAGAAGGACACAGAUGAAGCAGAUGAUGUCAACAGAGUGACGGAGGUUCAGGCAUCAUGAACCUCAAGGAGACAAGGAGGAGGUCUAGUCCACAGUUUAAAGGCUCUCCGUUCUUCAUCCAUCAAUCCAAUGAAACUUCAAGGUUACAGCAGGAACUGGUGUCUGUCUGCAGCCGUCAUCAGGCCAGAAGAGGAGGCCCACCUGGACAGCUCACCAGUUCAUCACAGGACCAACCAUUGGGACAUGAAGUCAUUAAUUAUUGCUUUCUGUUAAUUUUGACUGUGCAUAUGUUAGAAAAUAAAAUGUAAUACUUUACUGGAUCAUAUUGCUGUAAAUAAUGCUUGAUUUGCAGUACUGGAAUAAUGUUAUUAAUAUUACUCUAAAUAUGAGAGUUUUACGUGAUAUUUGAAAUCCUUCUUUUGUGCAGGAUUAAUUCAUU